AACCCUCUCUCUCUCUCUCUCUCUCUCGUACAGAAUCAAUCGAAUUGCAGCGAAAAUGGUGGACUUCGCUCGGGUGCAGAAGGAGCUCCAAGAGUGUAACAGGGACAUAGAAGUGUCAGGCAUUAGUGUAAACCCUAAAAGCGACAAUCUCACUCAGUUGAUUGGAACAAUCCCUGGCCCUCUUGGCACUCCUUAUGAAGGCGGCACUUUUACAAUCGAUAUCGUCUUGCCCGAUGGGUACCCUUUUGAGCCUCCCAGAAUGCAAUUUGCUACGAAAGUUUGGCACCCUAAUAUAAGCAGUCAAAGUGGAGCAAUAUGCCUAGACAUCCUGAAGGACCAAUGGAGCCCUGCACUCACACUGAAAACUGCACUCCUUUCUAUACAAGCAUUACUCUCUGCCCCGGAACCUGAUGAUCCGCAAGAUGCUGUGGUAGCACAACAGUAUCUUAGAGACUAUCAGACUUUUGUGGGCACAGCUCGUUACUGGACAGAGACUUUUGCCAAGACAUCGUCACUUGGCGCUGAGGAAAAGGUACAAAAACUUGUGGAAAUGGGCUUCCCUGAAUCUCUGGUGAGGAGUACUCUGGAAGUGGUUGGUGGUGAUGAAAACAUGGCGCUUGAAAAACUUUGCUCGGGCUAGAACUUGCUUUUAUCAUUCAUUUUCUGUCAUCGAAGUCUUUGUGCCGCAUGAAGUGGAAAAUAUACAGACACAAAAAGGAUCAAUCUAUAUAUAAGCUUUCUUUAAAGAUUGUUUUUCUGCAUGUUUUAAUUGCUUUGUUACUCAUCUGUUUCUUCGCUCCCUGUGAAUAUCCAAGUUCAUUGAAUACUAUUUUCUUUUUUUUUUGGGGUUUCGUAGAUAAUGAGGCGACUGGAAUAUACCUGACAUCAAGCUUGAGAGACCAACUAGAUACCAGCCAGUCUAGCAGGCUGGUGGUCAUUGAAUCAAUGUUAUUGUUAUACCCUAUUGCGGUCAAUUCCUGAUAUGAAGAUGUAGCUUCUAUAUCUAAUUUGCUAUAGAAAAUGCAGCCAGAAUAGACUUGUUCUGUAACCUUUGACUCUUUGAUUCUUUGAGAACAAGCAUAUCUAGAUAUGUUUUUCCCCCAUUUGCACUUUUUACUUGUUU